AUUUUAACUUUGCAGGAUCGUCAGCCUUGCUGAAGUAUGAGUCUUUGCAUAUGGAACACGACCAUCCUGCAUUAUACAUAUAUGCAGAAUACCUACGAUACGACGGAGAUGGAGCAACGGGGAUUGGGGUCGAUUUUCAUCCAACCUACUCCGCUGCGCGGACAUAUAUCUCUCUGUUCCCACAGAGUAGCGGAGCCGAAAGCGCCACCGUUCCUUCCCGAAGUUCUCAUGAUUCUCGAACCCUGUGUGUGAUUCUAGGACGGGCUCAGUAUGUCGUCGGCCAUCAACACUCCAGGAAAGAGAAAACGAGCACGUGAUGGAAUUGAAUAUGAUUAUCUCCCAAGGACUCCUGGAACCAUGUUCACUAUGGAUCUUGGUUCUCAACCGAGAUCUGGCGCCACCUAUUUCGAGCCACCCGUAAUUCCAAUACAACCUCCUGUUAGAUGUCAUUUCGAUCGAAAUGAGGACUUCGCAAUUGGAGGCAUUACUUCUUGGCCUCAAGACAGCCUUCAAGAUCCAUGCUCCCGUCACGAUUCGUACUUUGGCAACGCGUCGUUCUUCGAGAAUCAGUUCGAAGCACCAAGAUUGAACUAUACAUUCCGACCACUGGAACGUGAUGAUAAUCUACCUCAUGCUGAGGCCCACCCUCGUUCUCAACUCGGUCAGAUAGAGUACAACACGAAUAGUCUUACUAGAGGUGCGUCACCCCCGACUGGACUAGACCAAAGUGACCUACCCAUUGCAAAUACCAUCUCGGACUGGGUAACAAAAUCCAGAAACUUGACAAUGCUUCCGCCUGAGAUAACUAUUGAUUCUCCUUCCAGUGUGGCACCUCCAUCUACCCAAUUUCUUGACCCACCGUCAGUACUUGAAGUCGAGCCAAGGCCGAGUACUGAUUUGGCAAUGACAAUGGCAAGGAGAAGACAACACCUGUAUCAUUGGGGUUCUCAAACGAGCUCAAGUUCCGAGAACUACUUUCAGACUCCCCCUUCAAGCCUGAGUACCAGUGAAGGAAAGCACGAUGUUGGCUGGUACAGCGGAUCUACUAACUUACCAGAACGACACCAACGGCAUAGCAUAUCGACAGAUACCUCCGAACUAAGCGGGCAUGGUUCAGGCUCUUUGCAGCCAGUUGUUUAUACACCACAAAGCUCUUCGAGAGGUGAUUGGCCUGGAACUUCACAUAAUCUACCAAGGAUAUCUGCACUGACAAAAGGUCUUCAAGAGGGAAGAAGCGAAAGCUGUGCGAGAUGUAGGAGCUUGUCUUAUUUGUCGUCAUUUGAACAAAACCAAAUGUUCUUCUGUUCCCGGGAAACCAUGCGAGAGUUGUCAAAGUUUGCUUAGAAGUCGCCAACACUUGCUGGAAAGUGAGGAAUUAGCAACUGGUAUAUGUAUUCGAGUCAACUUGCAGACUUACCGCAAAGGAAUCGAUGACUUGUAUGAUGUAGCGACACGGAAGUAUAAUAUACCCUUAAAACCAGAUGCAUGGAAACGCACAAUCUUGAUUGGACACUGCAUUCGGACAAAGGGCACAAAUUGCGCCUAUUUCCCAACAGAUGUAAACCUCUCGUUGGACGUUCAAGAUUGCGAAUUUAU